AUGGGCACCGUCGACCAGUCAAAAAAGAUCUCUGUCGAAUUGGGGCCAAUCUCAGACAGCGCCGCCAGGUGGUGGGCUGCUGUACUCGCUCCAAACCAGGGCUGGGUCACCGGCAUACAGCACGAAUGUGACCUUUUGCCAGCGCCGUGGUCGAUCUCCAUUGCCAAAAACGGCAAUUCAUCCACCUUCGUACUCUCGCGAACGUCAAUACAAGGGGAGCCUUCGUUCUCGGACUCUUUAUCCCCAGCGUCGUCUUCGGCCGCUGUGCAGCAUAUUCUGUCAUACUCGGCGUAUCACGGAAUCCAAGACCAAAGCCGGGUAGCCUUUACCGCGGCGUUGAUGUUGCCCACGGCCAGCCGUAUCAAGCAAACAAUCGUCUUGUCGGCCCUCCAGCGGCCUCCCCUGGAUAUUAGUAACAGCAAUGACCCGCCCCCUAAUUCAAAUUCGGACCCAGAACUUCCACCGUGGGGCCAAGACGUGCACCAGCUCGACAGACUGCUCACCCUAAGCUGCAGCAACUUCCUCCAAUCCCUCCUCAGCAGCGUCGUCUUUGAGCCGGGCAUCCCCUGCAACUGCUGCGGCGCCCGGGCUCAGGGGACCUUUGCGGCGUUGGACAAGAUUCAACUCAACCUGCAGGCCCUAACUGGUGCGCUGAUGGCACGGAACGCCAGGCUCGGCUUUCUCUGGCUUGGAGCCACACUGUUGGGUCUUCAUGACUUUGUUCUCCGAUGGAUGCGCGCCAUGUACUACCCGCUGGAUCUGACGCUGGCCGGGUGGACCGACACCCUCAUGUCCUUCAUCCAGGAGCGUGUGGCAGAUCCUGUGGUGGUCAAUGAAGCGGUGGCACGCGCUGAUGAGGCUCGGUUGUUGUUCCUGUCUCAAGCUAUGGAUCAUAAACAGCCUCCCAUUGUGGCCUUCCAGCCGUUUGGGUUUACCUCGCUUGUGGAUUGUGGUCUUGAGGUGCGGGAACAUGCGCAAUGUCGAGGGAAACACGGGCUGUAUUAUUCUGGCUGGGCUUGGAAUUGUCGAGAUACAUGGACGGAGGCUGACCACACUCCCCACUCAUAUGACUCGGAGACGAUGAUGAACGCUCUGAUAUCAAAACCAGACGUUCUGGAGAAUGAUGAAGCGGAUGACGUCGAGAUAAUCGUUGACUAUAGCCAAAUGAACCGCGAAAAAGAUCCUUCCGAGACCGUAACCCGCAGCAUCUUCAUGUGGCUUCGAGAACGGAUGGCUUCCCAAUCGCGGAAAGGGAGAUCAGAGAACACGAAUGGAUCGACAAUCUGGUGGACUCAGACGAUGAGAGUGCCUCUCCGGAAGGUGACUGGCGGUCGGUUGACGCCAUCAGAGCUGGCAGAGUUGGCUCGUGGAUGA